AUGGCCCUGUACCAUCACUCCUCCCACGACUUGAAGAACAACAAGAAGAACCCGGACCAACAUCGGGAUCUCCUACGCUCGACAAAGCCAGGCACUGCUUUUGGUGCUGUACGCAAAAAACUUAUCAAGAGCAUCUCACACAAUAACAGUAGUGACCAGCCGUCACGUAUCUCUGUUGGCAACAGUGAAGAAGAAGUUGCAAGACGAGCCGAAUUGAGGCGGAUUAUGCGCUUGAGAAUUCGAGAUCAGCUCGAAUCAGACGAGGCUGAAGAUCAAUUAGAAAGCAAACCAACAAUUAGUAUUCGGCGUGUAGCUUCAUCUGCCGACAGUUCUCCGCCAGUUUCGGGACCUCGAGAUGCUAUUGAGUUUGGUGUCAACAAUUCUUCCUCCAGUAAUGGGCAACCCGCUCGACUUGAUCAAGAAAGGCGCGACCAUGGCCCCCCUGAGGAUCUUGGAGGACCCCAAAAGAGUUCCAAUGCCCCGGAGAGAGCUUCUUCAGAGCAGCCCGACGUGGAAGGUAGAAAUGAUGACUCAAGUGAAGAUGCUGUUAUUCAAAGACCCUUGGCGAUACACCCCUCGGCGCACAUCUCAAUGGCCGAUGACCUCGGCCUCUCCCCUUCCCAAAAAUCUUUCCAGCUUUCCAAUAGAUUUGGGCGCCUUGAUCGAAUACUGGGACCAGACAGCAGUUUCAACAAUCGCCAAGCUUCUUCCGGAGAUGGCCAGUCUGCACUUGGUGUUUGGCUCAUAGCCCAGGGUCUCCGCUCACGAGAUAACUCAGACAUUUUCUUUGACGAAGACGAAGAUGCGCAAACCAGAAACAUAAAUGGAAAAGCCGCAUACAGCUCUCCUGUCGUGGGAAGGGAAAAGAGCUUGUUAGCAUCUGGAACCCAGGCGACGCCUGAGACAAGGGAUUGCCAUCAACAAGGAUCAGCUUUUGUCAACCCACCUAGGGAACUAGAUCCUCAGUGUCAGCUCGAACCCAGUAUUCAGAAGGAUUUUGACGACAACUUGGCCUUCUCCGGAGAGAUACCAUGGGGCUCGACUAUGUGGGUAUACUAUCCAUUGGAACAAAUCAGAAAGCUAACGAAGAGGGCAGGGCGAAGCCGGGAUUCUCCUCGAGACAAGGGCAACCUGAAUAGCCAAAACCACAGGCUUACGCAUAUAGGAGCUACCCACUCGAAGACUCGCUCUCACGGAGUUAUCAGCAAUGUCCAGUCUGAAGCAGAUGCAGCCUCCAUGGCUCAGUCAGAGUCUGCCAGCUUUGUUCAGCGCGAAGCCGAGCUAAGGACAAUCAAAAGGCGAUUCAGCGAAGCAUUGACUCAAAAGAACCCCGAAAAAACAGUGUUCACACGUUUCCGUGAGAAUUUCUCUCACUCAGGCGCUCGAUCGCCGGUCAAGAAACCCUCCACAAGUAAUGUUUGCCUAACAAUUCCAACGAGUCACUUUAGAGCCAAGUCUGAAGGCUCCAUAUACCGGCAUGUUAAAGACCAUCGGGGUGCCCCUCGAGAACAAAAGUUUCUUCUGGUACCCACAGAAAGGACGAAGGUUCACGAAAAGGGAGCCAGUGACAGAUCAACGAGACGUUCGAACAUGAGCAUUCGCCCAUACAUGAGCAGACUGCCUACAGAGGAGUAUAGAAAGCCAAGUUUGGAACGUCAAGAAAGUGCAACGGAUUUAUGGCAGCGCGCUGUUAGACUUGAAGCUGAAAGCAGGCAUAGCGGCAGCUUUUUGAACACGCCAAAUCAUGAUCAGAGAAGCCUUUCCUCUAACAGAUCCCUAAAGAGAACAGCCGCCGCUCGGAAUAGCAACAAUAGCAUCCAUGAUGUGAGACGAGAAAUCUCACAGCUAACACCUUCCACAGAUGAACGAUCUUCUCCAAAUAGCUCGAAGUGGCUUAUCGAACGUUGGGUGUCCCAAAUGCGACCAAGAUCGACUCACCCAACAGAGUCAGUCACAAGUGUAGGGCUGGUAGGUCCCCCAAGAUCCUGGUCCAAAUUCCCCUCCUUCAAUAGGGAGGAAAGAAACAGGAACAUAACAUCCAGAGACGAGGUACGGCCUCGGGAUUUCGCUGUCAAGCAUGUCACUUCGGAAGGUCAGAUUAGGUGGGCAACAGAUACGGGUUCUGGGAGAGAUGACCAGCAGACUCACACGCUACCUCGUUCUCUAUCUACAAGAUUCGGUGGAUUGGUCAAGUCCAAGAUGAAUCGAAUGAUGCCGUCGAAAGCUUUACGGCACCGAAUGAGUCAAGUCUUUAUCUCGAGGUCUGUGACCUCGAGCCCACCACACAUGGAAUAUCCUGAAAUGGGCAUCCGGCCUACCGAAUCAGGGUAUACUGAAAUCCAGGCAAUGGGCAGAGAAAUCAAUUAUAUGAAGAGCCGGGCACAUCUACAGACUCCCGAAAGAGACCUUUCAAAGCCCCAUUCUUCCAGAAGCCUGGGGGAUAGAGUAGUUGCACUUAUGCAUGAGGCUAUUGGACAGAGACAUCCAAAACAUGAUGAGCCUCUCCAGUUAGUCGACAUUCCCAUGGUACCAUUUACGCCAAGUUUAGCUAGACAAAGCAUUGCUGCCACCACGACAGAUUUUUUCGUCACGCCCAAGAGCCACCUUUCGGACGAUGGAGAGAGUGACGAAGAAAAGAACGGAGGAGAAGGAGGUUCCGCGAAAGCGAGAGAACGGGAAACCUGCCAGGUGAUCCUUGGCAGUGAUAGGACAUUGUCAAAGCCACUAUUCGCAGCUUCCAUCGCAUAA